CCGCCGCUUCACCGGGGAGCCGGCUGCCGGGGAAGGGCAGCGAUGGCGCUGCUGCCGCUGCUCCUGCUGCCCCUCACGGUGCUGCCCGCCGCCGUGUACCUGUGCUGCGUGCGGCGGCACACGGGCAGCGCCGCCGCCGUGGUGCAGCGCCGGGAGCCGGGGCGGCCGGCAGCCCGCAGCCCUCCGCGGGACACCUGGGCCCCCCGGCUGUGCGGCUUCUGGCUGCGCCUCUUCAGCCAUGCGGUCAACACGGCUUUUGGACAGUUCUUGUUACUUCCGGUAUUAGUAAGGAUGAACAACUUGUCUCUAAUGCGUUCUCUUGACAUUUGUGAAGAUCCCACAUUUAUCCCGGAGGUUGCUGCGGAGGUUACAGAAGACAAGUCUGAGGCUAAAAGCACUUUGGAUAUUAUGAAACAGCUGAUAGAUACAAGGUCCGAUUCUGCCAGCAAAGGGUUCACCUUCAAAGGGAUCAAAGAUUACCUGGACUGCUACCGGAGUGGGAAGCUGACACCAUCUCAGGUGGCCAAGAACAUCAUUGCCAUGCUGGAGGACUGCGACAAAUCCACGCCCCCACUCAGAGCGAUAGUGCAAUGGGACCGGGAACAAAUAAUGCUGAUGGCCGAGGCCUCCACUGCUCGUUACAGGAAUAAAUGUACCCUGUCUCAUCUAGAUGGCAUCCCAGUGUGCCUGAAAGAAGAGUUCAAAGUGGUACCUUACCAUCACCGAGUAGGAACUGUGUUUCUCGGGACUGAGCCUGAAACAGAAGAUGCUACUGUGGCCAAGAAGCUGCGAGAGGCUGGAGCUAUCAUUAUUGGGGUUUCAAACAUGCAUGAACUAGGGACUGGAACGACUGGAUGCAACCCUAAUAGGUACCACAAGAUCCCUAGGAAUCCCUACAAGCCCAACCACUUCACAGGGGGGAGCUCCAGUGGGUCAGCAGCAGCUGUAGCAGCAGGUCUCUGCCCAGUGGGUAUUGGCACAGAUGGAGGUGGCUCUGUGAGGAUUCCUGCUUCGUUCUGUGGUGUGGUGGGGCUAAAAGGUACGUUUGGGCGGAUCAGCUGUCAUGGCAGCUACCCACUCUCCUACUCCACAGUCAGCGUAGGCCCUAUCUGUACCUCAGUGGCAGAUGCAGCCAUUGUUUAUAGUAUUCUUGCUGAACCGGAUCCACUCUACCCAUACGGACUAAGGCAACCCAAAGCAACCCUGUCAGAGAUGUGUGCUCCCGACCUGAAAGGCUUAAAACUGGGAGUGGACUGGACAUUUUUUAAGGCAUGUGAUGCAGAAGUCCUGACCAUCUGUGAGAAAGCUGUGGAGUACCUGCAGAGUUUGGGAGCCAGCGUGGUUGAAGUGUCUCUUCCAGAGAUGGAGGAAGUGAAAAUAGCACAUGUGAUCUGCAUUCUGAGUGAGAUGAGGGACAUGCUGCAGCCUGACUUCAACAAACAUUUCCAGGAAAUGAAUUUGGAGACACGGGCUACCCUAGCCUUGGCUUCCCAGUUUACAGCUCUGGAUUAUAUUACGGCAAAUCGACAGAGAACUCGCAGCAUGAGGUUUUUGCGAGAGAUCUUCACCACCGUGAACUGCAUCGUUACACCAGCUGUUGCUUCCACUGCCCCAAGAAUCCACGAAUCUGACCUCUUGACUGGCAGCAAUGAUACUUCAUUCAUAGUUCAGUCCAUGAGGUUCAUGCAGCUUGCUAACUUGACUGGGAUUCCAGGCCUUGUGGUCCCCGUUGGUUAUUCUACUGCUGGGCUUCCUAUCAGCCUCCAGGUCAUGGGAAAAUGGUGGGAUGAAGCUGUUCUUCUGAGGAUUGGCCUGAAGCUAGAGCAGUUUCGUAACCAGACCAAGAAACCAUCCAUUUAUUACGACAUCCUCGCAUGAUGGAGUGACCGAGAUGGGGAAUAAGUCUUUACCCCCCCCAAACCCCUUCCCGCCCCUGUAGUUCGACCUGGCCAAGUACUAGAGUGGACUUGUUUUCAGUGCUCAUCUGAAUGAGGUUUAGUGGCAGGCUCAUCUGAGGAAUGGGGAGAAACACUGAUUGGAGCAGGCACUGAUGCUGAGUAGACAUCAGUUCUGUUCCCUGUUCAGCAUUGGAUGGUCCAGUUUAUACUGGGGAGACAAACUGUGCUAGCUAGUUCCUGUGUUUUUGCCAACAGGGGAAGUUGCAAAUAUCUUCUGCAACUUCUUUUCAUGUCAGGGUCCUACCUUAAGAUGGAAGACAGCUGCAGCUACAGGACUGCACGUGAGCAAGUGAUAGUGCUAUGUGUGGAAAGC